GCUUUGGAAAAAAGAACUUGGAAACCGACAGGGCAGCACCGGCGGGCCCUUGGGGUUUCCAGCGGCCCCCGAGGCCCAGCUUUCCUGGGGGAAUUCCGGGCGGCAAGCGGGUAGCUGGCCCUGGGGAUCAGGCGGCGGGGGCGGGGCGGGGCGGGGCGCCCCCCCUAGCCUAUAAGAGGGGCCGGGCCAGGGCGCCGCCACUCUCGCGGCCCGCGCUCCGCACAUUAGCUGCCAUGGUCACUGCGCUCCUGCUCGCGUUGCCUCUGCUCCUCCUGGGCGCCCGGGCGGCCACCACCGAGUCGAUCCGAGAGACUGCAGUCAUCAGCCCUCAAGAAUUAGAAGGCCGAUACUUUUCUGGAGCCCUGCCAGAUGACGAGGAUGUGGGAGCCCCUGGUCAGGGAGUGGAUGACUUUGAGCUGUCUGGCUCUGGAGAUCUGGACUUUGUAGAUGAUUCCGAGGACUCCAAAAUUUUCCCCAGCAUAAUCCACCCCUUGAUUCCUCUAGAUAACCACAUCCCUGAGAAGGCAGGACCUGGGAGACGGGUCCCCAGUGAAUCCAAGGAACUGGAGGAGAACGAGGUCAUCCCCAAGAGGAUCUCACCCUUUGAAGAUGAUGAUGUGUCCAACAGAGUGUCCAUGUCUAGCACUGUUCAGAGCAGAAACAUCUUUGAGAGGACAGAGGUCCUAGCAGCUCUGAUCGUGGGCGGUGUUGUGGGCAUCCUCUUUGCCAUUUUCCUGGUCCUGCUGUUGGUGUACCGCAUGAAGAAGAAGGACGAAGGCAGCUACGACCUGGGCAAGAAACCCAUCUACAAGAAAGCUCCCACCAAUGAGUUCUAUGCCUGAAGCUUCCUCGUGGGCACUGACUUGGACUUUGAGGGAGAAGGAAAUGCAAAGACUUUGAAGGGUGGCCAUUUGGGGAAGGGAAGGUGUCCUAACACUGCCCUAUCAGCGUCUCCAGCUCUGGUUCCAUUUUAAGCAUCAGAAGAGGCAUCCUUCUUCUGUUCCUGCCUUAUCUUCUUCAUUCUCUGGACCUAGAUUAUCCUGCCAGAAAAAUGGGAUGAAAUGUGGCCUUUCUGAAGGCAAGGCUGUGAUUAGAUCAUUUCUUAAUCUGCCAGUGUAGAAUGUAGGUCCAAUUUAGCUCUACUGACCAUGAGCCAUUCCCCACCCCCCAGACUCCCCAUAGCUGUUGUGUAAAUCCUGCUGGAGGUCAGCCUCCUACCCCCCUUCCCCAGCACCCCCCCUCCACUUUCACAGUCUGUCCCUCUGUCAAAAGCUGGGAGAAAGAACUGCACCUUGAGAUGUGUCCAUCAAAGGGCACUUGUGACCACACUACACAAGUCUUUGUGGUAAACCUGGGGCCAUUCUAGGCUCUUUCAAGUGACCUGUAGAUCAGUCUUUUUUUUGGGGGGGGGGGCACAGGGAGGGCAAGCAGGGAUGGGGGAGGAACUGAGAGUUGUACUAAAAAAUGGAUUUGUAGAAUAUUUGUUACUCUAGUGUUUUUUUUUGUUGUUUUUUUAAGCAGUUCAUUCCUUCGUGCAGAGCCUUUCUGCCUGGGCAGGGGCACACAGAUGCCAAGCUGUUCUUUGUUCUCCUGUACAUUUCUAUAGCACCUGCUAUGUUUGUAUUUAAUGGCUUUUUGUUUGUUCAUUUUCUGGAAAACGAGAGGAGAGCUGGAGAUAAGAUUUUUAUUAUUAUUAUUUUUUACUAUUUAUAGCUUCAGAGAAGGCCUCAUUUGUCCCUCUUCCCCUCUUUUUCUUUAAGUUCCCUCCCCAUAUAUUUUUAUAAUAUUUCACUCUCACCUGCUCAUAUUUUCUGAAGCUGCUUCCUCUAAGAAGUAGCUUCUGCUGAAACAUAGUUUUAUAGCAGACCCCAAAACUAUAAUGUAGGGGAUGAUGGGAUAUAUGUGUUUCUUUUCUUGUAAUAUAUUGUUCAUCCUUGGUUCUAGAAAAAUAGAUAAAUAUAUUUUUUCAGGAAAUAAAUGUGGUAUUUCCAGUUUGAGGUUGACUGGGAGAUUGAGUGAGUGAAGCUUUGUAAGUCUUUGUGGACUUCGGCCUCUUCUGCCCUGUUCCUGUGCCUUCUAAUAGGGCUGGAAAAGUUGAAGAUAGAAGGUUCUACCUCCUUUCUAGCUUCUGCUUUGAGUCUAGCUGGUAUCUUUUGGUUUUCCUUUUUCUAAACUGGAGAGAAAAUUGAAGGGAGAGCUGCUUUAUUCGAUCUGGUAACUGCUAGUCACACAGUGACUGAAUCAAUGAAAGUGACAUAAAGAUUCACUGCUGAGUUACACUAAACACAUGCAAGUAUUUGGUGACUCCAUGUGGCUAGUGACUGCUGUCCUGAUCAUUACCAUCUACUGGUUAGUACUGCUAGAUAACUAAUUGUUCUAAUAAGUCCCUGUCCCAGCUUUGCUGGGGUGACCUUUGGCUCCCUGCACAAAAGGGGAUUGGGGAGGCCUGAUUAGGCCCCAGCUCUGAAACCCCUUAUCUGUGACCCUCCCAUUCCAGAAAGGAGUGGCUCUGUGGUUUAGUCUGGCCAAGUUAUGCCUUCUGACUAUAGUGGCUGGGGGUAGUGGUGGUGGUGGGGAUAGGGAACAGCCCAUUGCUCCCUGUAACCUUUACCACUACAGCCCAAGGCCCCAGCUGGCUGGGUCCUUUCUGUCUCAGCCUCCUUUUCCUCCAGCUGUGUUGGGAGUGUACCCUCCUUCUGUAGCCACCUCACACUGUUGUCUGUUACUGAUUUUUUGAUAAAGAGAUAAUAAAACAUGAUACUUUCUA